AUGAACAUGCUGUACGGCUCCACCAGCCAACACCAACCGCUAGUCCACACUACCCCACCCUCGACGCCGGGAACGCCUCCCGAUGUCCGGGAGAUCGCUCCGCUCCUCCCCCGGCCACUGGCCGAUAAGGAGCCGGAAUGGGUCCGGCACCGCCUCGGCGAGCGGCACAUGGUCCUGAGCAACCUCGUGUUAACACUUGCUACCAGCAUGCUCGACGUCGUGUGCUAUGCAAAGUACAACACGUUCAGCUCAAACCAGACGGGUAACACGGUCAUGCUCGCAACGGCCAGUCUGCACCUCCGUACCAGUCCGCGCAAAUGUAUCCUCGCAACGACCAGUCUUGUUUCGUGGUUGACCGGCGCCUUCCUGUUUGGACAGGUACGCAAGAACCGCCGCAACUCGCGCGGGUGGCUGUUCGUCACGUCGUCUGUGCAAAUGGCCGUCCUCGGCCUCUACGUAUGGCUCAUCUCGCCCGCAGCACCAACAAGUUUCGACCUCGACGGACGGUACGAGUGGGUGUCCAUGGCAACGUGCGCGUUCCAGUCCGGCAUCCAGUUCGUCAUGGCCACCGGAGUCGGCGUACGGGAAAUCAACGCCGCUACCGUCACCGCAUCAUAUGCGUCACUGGUCGCCGACCCACUCCUCUUCUCAGCCACGUCACAACAGGGCCGCGACAGGCGCAUCGUCUACCUCGUGACAUUCUGGGUUGGGUGUAUACUCGGCUUGUUCAUCGAGCAGCACCUCGGCGCGUGGAUCGCCGCACUCAUCGUCGCUGGCGUAAAGCUGCUCAGUUUCAUCAUCAUCUACCGCGCCGACGAGGCAGAGUAA